AAUGAUAUCAAAACAUUAAACAAAUGGAUGACUGAUGUGAAUGUUUUCCUCAAUGAAGAAUGGCCAGCACUUGGGGAUUUAGAAGCACUUGAAAAACAACUAGAACAAUGUAGCGCAUUAGUAAAUGAUAUCCAGACAAUACAGCCUAGUGUAACCAGUGUGAAUGAUGUUGGAGAGAAUUUGAUCAUCAAAGCUGAACCAAAUUAUUUGCCCAAGUUGAAAGCUGAACUACAAAAUCUCAAUGACCAGUGGGAUCACAUAUGCAAACAGGCCCAUGCGAAAAAAGCAGCAUUGAAAGGU